UGUGAAUAUUCGCGGGUCGGGAGCGCGCAUCAGCUGACAUCCGCAGAGAGAGCACAGCCAGACAUGGAUCAACUCAAAGUCAAAGACAGGAUCCUUGAAAAUAUCUCUCUCUCCGUCAAGAAGUUGCAGAGUUACUUUGCAGCCUGUGAGGAUGAGACACCAGCAAUCAGGAAUCAUGACCGGGUUCUUCAGCGAUUGUGUGAACACCUUGAUCAUGCUCUGCUCUAUGGGCUGCAGGACAUCUCAUCAGGUUACUGGGUCCUUGUGUUACACUUCACUCGACGAGAGGCCAUCCGACAGAUUGAUGAGCUUCAGCACAUAGCUACCAAUCUUGGCAGAAGUCGUGCCUGGCUCUACUUGGCACUCAGUGAAAGUUCUUUAGAAAGCUACCUCAGACUUUUUCAAGAGAAUAAAGGGCUUCUACAGAAAUACUACUACAAGAAUGCAUUGGUUUGCAGUCACAACCAUCUCACUCUGUUUCUUACGCUUGUCUCUGGGCUGGAAUUUAUCCGGUUUGACCUUGAGCUGGAUGUGCCAUACCUGGAUGUUGCUCCUUACAUGCCAGAAUACUACAAACCUCAGAAUCUAUUAGAUUUUGAGGAGAGGUUGCCAAGCUCUGAUAAUCUGUCUCUGCACUCUUUCACAUCUCUUACCUCCACUAACCUUGAGUGGGACGACAGUGCCAUUGCCCCAUCCAGUGAAGAUUAUGAUUUUGGUGACAUCUUCCCUGUGUUGCAGUCAUUGCCAAGUGCAGACUGGGAAGAAGGAGAUUUGACCGAUCCAGUCAGUGGGUCUCGUUCCUCCGGUUCGGACCCUCAGACUGUUGUCAGUGACUGUGUGGUGAUAAGGACCAUCAGGACCACUUCUCUUUCGCGAAGCCCUCCAUUUCGACACAAUCCCUUCAAUGAGGACUCGGACACUAACACUUCAACUGACGUCACCCCAGUCCACAUGGCUAUCCGUCAUUUUUCUACAACAGAAGAAGACCCUGAGAAUGCCAACACUGAACUGGAGGUCAUUAGGAUGGCAAGGCGCAGAAGACCUGGUAAGAAACGACGUGGGAGGGGAUCAACAGAAUCUGUGAGCAGUGAACAGAAUCUCAUCUCUCCUGACACUGAGGAAUGCCUACAGAUUGUAGUCAAGAGGGACAUUGUUGUGGACGAUCUUAAAGUGGACAGCUGGGUUCCUCUGGAGGGGCCAGACUGUUCUGGGAUCAACUCUCUAAAGAAUGGGAGAGAGGAAGGUGAGGAUGAAGACCCUGAAACUGGGCUGAGGCUCCCUGAGAUGACCGACACCUCUAUGGACCGUGUGGGCCAACCCCUCCGUGAUGUCAUGGACAGAUUGAAUGGCUGUCUGGAUGGAGAGAGCUGGGAACGACAUGAAGGUGAAGAGGUGGAGGGAGUUAGAGUGGUCGGAGCUUGCACUAGUCAAGAUGGUACCAGCUCUGCUGCAGGAACCCUCCACCAGCGGCCCUUUCGAGAGGAUUCAGGCGGUGAACCCCCAGACCCAGACUCUCAGCCAAGCCCCAGCUUCCUGCAGGCCCCCCUGCCACCUGCAGACUUCUACUGCUUUACCUCCCAGAGUCCAGACCCUGCUGUCUCGUGUGGUGGCCACCAUGACUCUGCAGGGAAUGGCAGUCCGCAGGAUGUUCCUGCUGGCCAUGAAGAUGAGAGAGAAACAGAGACACCAGCUUCAGGGCAGGAUUCCACCAUCCCCAUAGAGGAGUCAACUGUGGAGAAUCAGAGUGAAAAGGAGCAGGGGGAAGUUAAAGACAGUACAAUACAGAGCUCCCAUGCUGCAGAGUUUAAGGUGGAUAAUAAUCACCUACUGCUGCUCAUGAUUCACGUUUUCAGGGAGAAUGAUGAACAAUUCAUUAAGAUGUUGAGGAUGAGCACAGGCCACAUGGAAGGAGAUUUGCAGCCCCUUUAUCUACUUUUGACAGACUGCUACAUUUACCUCUUGCGAAAAGGGGCAGCAGAGAAGCCUUACUGUGUUGAGGAAGCCGUGUCUUACAAUGAGCUAGACUACAUAUCUGUUGGACUCCACCAGCAGACUGUCACACUUGUGUGCACUAACAGAAGACGGCAGUUCCUUCUGGACACAGCAGAUUCGUCCCUGACUGUCUGGUUUCUGACUGUGCUGAAGACAGCCCUGGAAAUCGGCUGCAGGGAGCUUCCCUACCCCUCCGUUCUCACCGACGCCACUAUGGAGAAACUUGCUCUCACUAAGUUUGUGUGCCAAGAGACACACUGUGAGUUGUCAGAGGUUGGCAUCCGUCUGUAUUCUCUGGUUCACUGGGAGGAUCCCAUGGAUGUAUCUGUGGCUUCACCUACAUCUCCGUUAGGCUCAAGAGGAUCUCGCAGCACUAAAGAGGGGACUGUGUUAUACCGGGCUGGGAGCUCCUAUCUGGGAAAGGAAGUGUGGAAAAGUUGUUACUUGGUGCUCAGAUGUGUACCUUGCAGCAAAGGCAUCCUGUAUCAGUAUGCUGAGAGAACAGAUGUUACACCUUUGAUGUCUGUCACCAUGGGGGGAGAGCACUGUGGAGGCUGCAGGCGAUCAAAAAGCUCUGAGAAGCUACACGCAUUUCAGGUGAUUCUGACGGAACAUCCUCCAUUAGAGCUCAGUGCAGAGAAUGAACAGGAAAUGGCUGACUGGAUGCAGCUGCUUUGCCAGUCUGUCUCUAAAGGGGUUAUUCCACAAGGAGUAGCCCCUGCACCCUGUAUCCCAUGCUGCCUUGUACUCACAGACAGGAAGUUGCUGACGUGUCACCAGGAUUGCCAGACUAGUUUUUUCCGCUCUCUAGGAGAAGCUGAGCUGAACGAUGUCACAGCUGUUUGCCUUGAGGAUAAAGAAUACUGUGUCAUUGAGUUUGCAGAAGAUCGUGCUCAGUUUCUCCCUCCCUGGGUUCUAUAUUUUAGUGGAUGUGAAGAGAGAGAUCGACUACUAGCAGAAUUGAAUCAAGCUUGGACUGCUGUUUUCCAGGUGAGCCUACCUUGUAAGCCAGUGUCAGACCCGUCAGUGCAGAAGCGGUGUGGGGAGGCACUGGAGCUAAUGAAGAGUGCCUGGCAGAGGAGUGACAGUCUACACAGAGGCCGAUCUGUGAGAGAACCUUGGUGCUGACUACUUGUCAAUCACCACAUUUAGCCCAUGAUUGGAUAGGACAGCAUGGGGUGGUCAGCCCUCCAGAAAACCUACUCUAUGUAGGUAUGAGCAGACCCAAUGACCUCUACAGCAGUGGUGGUUCCAGAGGGGACCCCCCCCCCAAUUUAUUCUAAAUUUGAGGACAUUUUGAACAAUGUGGGCUCAUGUGAUAUUUAACGAAUGAUGAGGCAUGACCUUGUUUACACUUGCCUUGGAUUAAUAUUUAAGGAGUCCUGUUAGCUUUUGCUUUCACAAGUGGAGGUGUGCAACAGGAAAAAUGGAAAAACUAUUCCAUCACAUGUGUUUGUAGUAUAUAGUGUCAACAUCUAAUUGGCAAAAAAAACAAAGCAUCCUUUUUUUUUUUUUUUUUAACCUUACCUGUCCUCGUGUAAAUUUGUCUAUGUACAUAUACUGUAUAUGCCUAUACAAUAAGCCGAGGUACAUCUUGCUUUAUGAACACUUGCAUUUAGUUACAUUUACUGUGAUACUUUUUGGCUGCUUUAGAAUGAUCACUAUUUGAAAAGCAUAACAGUUUGCAUAGCAGCUUGGCAUGGACACACAAAAUGCAGAGAUCGAGAUGAGGGAAAAUUGGUCAAGCUUUAUUUUAGAUAUCAAAAAUCAAUAAAUGCUAAGAUCAGUGAUUGCACGGUACCAGGAUAUAACCGCUGUUGUUAUAUUGGACUGACAAUGUUAUUAGGUGCAGGUGGUAUUUACAGACUGUAAUAGGGAUAAUGCACUACUAAUGUAUUGUUGGUAGUUAUCGUAAGUUUUUAGAGCACAUUUAGGGAAUUCAUAACUGAAGGAGUUGCUUGAAGCAGAUUUGCACAAAGUUUUAUUGUGUGCCUGUUUUAACUUUUGUUAAAGGGUUGGUUUGUGUUUUUCUUUUUUUUUUUACUCCAUAAGUUUUAAAAUGAUUUCUGAUCAUACAUGCACAUUCAUAGAACAACCAUAUAAUAUUGAGAAAUAUUUCUCUUUGUGUGGCCUUUGCCUUAAAUUAAAUAGUCAAACAGGCAUUCUAAUUUAAAUGGUCUAAAUUCCCAAAAUUCUCCAUGUGUCUCUGUCUUUUCAAAAACUGAGAGAACACCAGUCAUUCUUUUCAUUUACAUGCUUAGCUGAAGUAUUGAAAACCAUGCUCUGUUUCUCUCUCACUGGUACUUUAGAUGGAAUAUACCACUUCCAGUGAAACACUGUAAAGUGAAUAUUUUUCAGAACGUAGAGAUGGUGUUUUAAAGAGAGUAAACUUGAGUAGGUGGAUAUUUUUCGUACUGAAUGGAAUCAUCUCAGGUAUGUUGAAGUUUGUUCCAAACAAAAGUGUUUAAAUGAUACAUUGCUGGACAAUGGUGAAAUGCAUUUGUUCAUUAGCAAAUUCAAGUUGGGUUGAGGGAUUUUUUUUAAUGCCGUUUUGACUGUUAAAAUUAGUGACCUAAUUAUGUUCUAACACUCUAAUGUUGUAAAUACACAAUGCUGCAUGUGCAUUGUUGCAAAUAUGUAAUAUUAAUAUGAUAACAUGUAAAGUGACUUUUUUUUUGUAAAUGGGAAAAAUAUGAAUAAACUAUAAU